GGAUAAUGCCCAUCGCAUAGCGUUUGGAAAUGCAAAGGAGGUCAGUGCUUUCUGAAGGCAGUGUGCAUGUGAGCAACACCGCGUGAGCUGGUGAAGGAGCUUCAGGCAUGUGCGCGCGCGUGUGUGUGUGUGUGUGUGUGAGGAAACGAGAGAAAUGCUAGGGCACGCUCUGCCAGUUCUCUGCCUGCGGACACUCAGUGAUGUCAGAGUAGUUCAACAGAACAUUGUGUGUGUGCGUGUGUGUGUGCGCGUGUGUGAGCGAGAGAGAGAGAGAGAGAGAGAGAGAGCGGCCCUUGACAAUGAGAGUGUGUUUUUAUGUGAGUGUGGUUAUGUAUGAGGCAAUAGAUGUGAAGAUGAUACCAAGCAAAACAUGACGGUUCUGGCAUACAUGCACAUACACAGAGAACGAAAGAGAGAUAGAAAGAGGCACAGGAGAAGAAAAUGACUGUCGUCCAGUAACACAAGUUCUUAUUUCUGGGAUUGUGAGCUUUACUCUGAUCAGACAUGCUGGACUAACCCUGGACACGCUGACCGGAGGAACCGCUAGAAACCAUGACAGGUGUGGUCUUUGCAUUAUCCAGCCUGUUAUUACUCCAGACAGCCUCCUCUUGCCCCAAGGAGUGCUUGUGUGACACUCACACCAAAGUGGUGGACUGCCGGGGACGAGGACUUUAUGAUGUUCCACGUCAACUCAAUCAAGACACCCUGGAGCUGUAUCUCCAAAACAACCGUCUCCGAGGCCUGGGCUCCAUGUCCUUUCGAGAGACGCCACAACUUCAAAUUCUGGACCUGGCCAACAAUUCAAUCACAAUGCUUUCCACCAGUGCCCUUCUGGGACUCAGAAGCUUGAAGGUCCUCAGCCUGGCCAAUAACUCUAUCCGGGAACUGGACCGGCGUCUUCUGGUUUCAGUAAGAAAUCUAACCAUAUUGGACCUGUCCUAUAACACCAUCAGUGGACUACCUGGAGCUCUUGCUGAUAGUUUCCACUAUCUUACCCAUCUGUCUCUCCAUUACAAUCGGCUGACUAAGCUGGACCGUAUACACCUGGAGGCUCUGGGAAAUCUGAAAGUUCUGCAACUGAAGGGCAAUCCUUGGAGAUGUGACUGUCAUAUGAUAGGACUCAAACUAUGGUUGGAGAUGUUUGCUUUCAAAGGUGGAGUGGUGGACAGCAUCACGUGCGUCCAGCCUCAGCUCAUGCUGGAGCGAGACCUCCGGCACAUUCCCUACGAGCUUUUCCACUCCUGCAUGAUCACCAGCUACAGCUACCUGUUCGCCAACAUCCACUACCUGGACGGCAAGCACCGCACGCUCAGCGGACCGCUUCACCCGAGCCCUCGAGCCCCGUCCGGGAGCGACUUCAGCCCGCCGGGAGAGGGGAUUCUGCCCGAGUGUGAGCCCAAGCAAAGACCCCGGCCUGCCAACUACCGGCACGCCAUCGCCACCGUGGUCAUCACAGGAGUGGUGUGUGGCAUCGUGUGCUUGAUGAUGUUGGCGGCAGCUGUGUACGGGUGUGCGUAUGCAGCAAUCAACGCCAAGUAUCAAAGAGAGCUGAAGCAGAAAGCCAAAGAAGCGGGUGUAGUAGAAGAGCGGAAAAACAUUGAAAGAGAGGAGAAGAAGGAACCGCUCGAGUGAUGCGAAGAUCAUGCACACGAAGCACAAAUACACAUGAAGGAUACACUCCACGGUAUCCACACUCGGUUGUGUAUCUAAGUUCCUUUGAGGCGAGUGCACUCGGCACCGUAUUGGCGAUGUCCCCGGGCAGCUAUUUCUCUAGAUAUGCAAAUACGGCUCCUACCUAAAGGGGCAAGACGGAUGAUCAAGAUGGCAUAUGCUUCUUCUUUAGCUUCAAUCAGGCUAGAAGAACUGUAUUUUUCAGGCAAACGCACACAUUUCUAGAGUCAAAACAAUAGGUGAUACUUCUGGCAAAA